CAUCCUCAUUAUCAUCAUUCAUCUUUCUCAAUCUUUUUCUUUCUUGUUUGUUUUCUCGUAUACAUGCAGCGAUUAUUAUGCUUACACCUCUCUCUGUGCGUGGAUUGUUGUCGUCUAUUUUAGGGUUUGAAUAAUAUUUAAUCCGUGGCUCUGUUUGGUUUUUCGAAGCAGAAUGAGUGGAAAAAAGGAGGAAACACACUAAAAGGAAAACUCUUUAUGAGGGAAAGCUGUUCCCUUUUCCUCAAAAUAUCCUGAAAACCAAAGUGAGGGUUUUUGUGUUCUGUGUUAUGAGAUCGCAAUCUAGAGAGCUGUGUAGUCGAGCAUUGGGAACUUUAUUAGAUUCAAGCUGAUCAAACACUGUCCGAACAGUCAUCUAUUUAAUGUUCGCAUAUGCAUUAUAAAAUUGAAUUUUUGGGAUGGAAAUGCCACCGAUUUGUGACCUUUUUCUUUUCCAUUUUUUAUAUUUUUGUGCGAAAAACUUGAUGAACUGAUAUUCGAGGAAUUAAGGGCUCCAAGGAAGUUGGAAACAGCUAUGUGACAUCGUAUCGUAAGAGGAAAAUGCGAUGGACAGUGAAGUUGGUCAUAAUCUAAAGCAGGAACGUUCAAGGACAAGGUGGACGGCAUCCCUUGAUAAGAUAUUUGCAGACUUGGUUGUGAAGCAGAUUCGAAGGGGGAACAGACCAAACAAUGUUUUUGACAAGAAAACGUGGAAUCUCAUUCGUGAGGAAUUUAAUGAGCAAACAGAUCUCAACUUCAAUAACAAUCAAUUAAGGAAGCACCUGGAUGUUUUGCGGACACGCUUCUAUAAUCUUAAGUCAGCUUUUUAUCAAAAUAAUGACUUUGCUUUGGACGAUUCUUAUUGCAUUGGUUUUGAUCUGUAUGAAAACAUCGGGGCACAGACUAGACCUGAAAUGAUCAGAGUCAAGGACUGCCCCAUAUAUGAGCAGCUAUGUGCAAUCUUCACAGAUUCAGCAGCUGAAGGGAAAUAUGCACAAUCCAGUCACUAUGAAGAGCUAGACAAGUCUGCUGGAGUGGAUUGUGCAGGACUAAUUCCAUGUCAAGAUGGUGGAAUCCCAUGUUCUACGAAUCCAUCAUCAUCAAUACAUGUGCAAGGAAACAUGUCUAUGGCAGAAAAGGUAAUCAAGAACAUUGCACAGAGAAAAAGGAAAGGUCCAUCUGAGACACAUUCUCUUUUGGGUCAAGGAAUCUAUGAUACUAUGGCAGAAGCCUUGUCAGAAAUGGUUACUGCUUUGAAGUCGAGGGCAGUUGCAAAUACAUCCAGUGAUGACCGAUUUAGUAUCACUAAUUGCAUUAGGGCACUGGAUGAGAUACAGGACAUUGAGGAGCGGCUCUAUUUUGCUGCGUUGGACCUCUUUGAGGACCCCAGUUUAAGGGAGACAUUCAUAUCCCUGAAUGGCAAAAAGAUCCGGCUGGCAUGGUUGCAGGGCAAGCAUGGAUCAUCAAGCUGGGAAAGCAAAGGAGUCGUGAGCACUGCUGAAUGGACAGCCAUUCCGUUUAUAGAAACCCUUUUCGUAUUUCUGUUAUUUCCUUGCUGAGUUGUACAUAAGGGGCAUUACUGUAUUUUCAUCUUUGAUAGGUAGUUAGAAUAUUCCUUUAGCAAUUGUACAUAAAUUCAGUUCCUGUAAAACAAUUCGAUUCAUUCAAUAAACACGGAGAAUAUUUUGCUCUCCUUUCAGCA